AUGGCUAGGUUCAACAUCACUACUUCCAUGCGGGUUCUUUUGACCGCAUUAUUUGUCGUAGCUGCCGUAGAGGCAUCAAUUUACAGGACUACUGUCACCACUGAGAUCGAAGACAGUAUGGAAAAUCAACAAUCACAAAGGUGCCAACGCCAAAUGCGCGGAAUGCGUAUGAAUAGGUGCCAACAAUAUUUACGAUCAUCAUCACAAAGAGGUUAUGAUAUCAUGGAGGAGGAGAGCAACCCAACAAGGCAAGGACUACAGGAAUGUUGUAGAGAAAUGAGGGGAGUGAGUGAGGAGUGCAGGUGUGAAGCCGUUAGACAGAUGGUGCAACAGAUGCAAGGACAGGCAUACCAGGGACAGAUGAUGCAGAAGGCUAGACAACUUCCUUCAAUGUGCGGAAUGAGGCCUCAGUAUUGCGAUAUCCGUGGACGAUAUGUUGAGUAG